AUGUUCGCCAACGCGUUGAAGUCGAUUUCGUCGACAAACAUCUCUUCCAACUACACCAUCUCGUCGCAUCUCACCUCAACCGCCGGCCCGUGGAAGAUCUACCCGGCCAAGAACAAGAAAACCGGGAAGGAGUGCUCCGUCUUCGUCUUCGACAAGAAGUCGCUCGAUGCCCACCGCAGCGGGCUAAGCCGCGCAGAGGUCGCAGAGUUCAAAAGGGCGGCCGAUGCGGUGGUCGAGCGGCUGAAGAAGGAGGCAUCGGCCAUUGCGAAGCUGCGACACCCCGGGAUCUUGGAAGUGGUUGAGCCGGUCGAGGAGACUCGCGGCGGCGGACUGCAGUUUGUGGCUGAGGCUGUAACAGCUUCACUCUCAGGACUCCUGCAGGAGAAGGACGACCAGGAAAGGGGCGGAGGUGUUGGGGGCCGGGCAAGUCGAUAUGUGACCGAGGACGACGAUGGCCGUCGCAGGAGGCGGGAGAUCGAGAUUGACGAGCUGGAGAUACAGAAGGGCUUGCUGCAAAUUAGCAAAGCGCUGGAAUUCCUACAUGAUAACGCUAGUCUGGUCCAUGGAAACUUGACUCCAGAUGCCGUUCUGAUCAACGCCAAGUCGGACUGGAAGCUGAGCGGACUUUCAUUCUGCAGCCCCUUGGAGUCAUCGACUUCCCAGAGCUCCGUCCAGCCUAUCAAUCUGCGGGAGGUGCUUCGACACACUCCUAGCCUGCCGCGGACCGUGCAGUUGAAUAUCGACUAUACAUCCCCCGACUUUGUUAUCGACAACAACCUGACGGCGUCUGCCGACAUGUUUAGCUUGGGUAUAUUGAUCAUAUCACUAUACAACUCCCCCCACAAGUCACCGCUAUCGUGCAACGGCAGCCUGUCUGCCUACCAGCGCCUCUUCCAGUCCUCGCAGAGCAUCCCGAGCUCGACCAAUAACUUCCUCUCUUCCCGUCCCUUGCCCAAAGAACUCACAAACCAUGUGCUCCCAAGGCUUAUCACGCGUAGGCCGGCUCAGCGGAUGACGGCGACCGAGUUUCAGCAGAGCGAGUUCUUUAACAACAUCCUGAUAUCGACCAUCCGCUUCCUCGACACCUUCCCUGCCAAGACGCCGAAUGAGAAGUCUCAGUUUCUCAGGGGUCUGGUCAAGGUGCUACCGUCUUUUCCCAAGUCCGUCAUGGAGAGGAAGCUGCUGCCCGCCCUGCUUGAGGAGCUGAAGGACAAGGAGCUCAUCUCGUUGAUCCUCCACAACGUCUUCAAGAUCAUUGAGCUCCUGCCGUCGGGAAGGAGAGCGUUCACCGACAGAGUGCGGCCCAGCCUAAAGGAGUUAUUUGUCACCAACGUCAAGCAGGCCCAAGAGAGGGACCCUGCCCGUGACGCCGGCCUGAUGGUCGUCAUUGAUCAUCUUCCUAUCAUUGGGGACAACUGCGCGGGCAAGGAGUUCAAAGAUGAUAUUCUGCCCAUAAUCUUCAAUGCUCUGGAGUCCCCAACACCGUCGCUCGUGGACGCAGCGCUGCGGAGUCUUCCAUCCGUAUUGCCCCAGCUAGACUUUAGCACCAUCAAGAAUGAGCUAUUUCCGGUCAUCGCGACUAUUUUCAGCAGGACAAACAGCCUCGCGAUAAAGGUCAGGGGUCUCCAAGCCUUCGUCACGCUCUGCGGUGGUUCCAACGACCCAGCCGGUGACGACGGGCUAGAUGGGCUCGCUCCUCAGAAGAAGAAAGCGACCUCAUCCAGCGCCCUCGACAAGUACACCAUGCAAGAGAAGAUCGUGCCCUUGAUCAAAGCGAUAAAAACCAAGGAGCCUGCCGUUAUGAUGGCGGCGCUCGGGGUGCUCCGGGUUAUCGGCAAGGUGGCGGAUGCCGAGUUUGUCGCCAUGGAUAUCCUCCCUGUUCUCUGGAGCAUGAGCCUAGGCCCGCUCCUAGACCUCAAGCAGUUCCAAGCCUUCAUGGAGCUCAUCAAGACACUAUCAGGCAGGGUUGAGGAGGAGCAAACAAGAAAACUGCAAGAGCUAGCUGGCAGCAAUACCAGCGCAUCCGCCGUGAAAGACGACUUCAUGUCCUUUGGUCCCGUCGCUGGCUCGUCUCUCGAUGCGAACGGGACGACCGAGACGGACUUUGAACAGCUUGUCAAGGGAGAGUCGGGCGCUGCCUCUGCUAACCCGCUUGAGCUAGGGUGGGACACGAUGGCCUCUAGCACGACGCUCGCCUCUCCUUCAAGCACUAGAAAAUCCACACCGACAGCGACCUUCUCCUGGUCAAGUCCUCCCGCAGCCCCGGCGACGGCCUCCUCCAACCAAUUAGGCGCCGUCAAAGCCCAGCAACCUAGCUUCAGGACAGUCACGCCCGACCUCGGCAGCUUCCAGCCCAUCACUCCCACCGUUACGCAGUUCUCGCAGCCGCUGCAGCCCACCACAAAAGCAACUAGCAGCAUAUCACAGACGCCAUCGACGCAGCAGACCACAUCUAUCAACUGGGGCGCUGCAGCAGCAACAGCACCGAUCAGCAGCAGCAGCAAUACUCUGUGGUCGUCACCGCCUGCUGCUCAGCAACCACCAACAGCCGCCGUCGGCUCUCUUUCCCUCGGCCAGCAACAGCAAGCCCAGCACCGCGCUACUUCCUUCUCGCUCCCGCCUCCACCCGGUGCCAGUGGCGGUACCGGUGCUUCCUCAAGUCUAUCCAGCUUUAGUCUUGCGCCUCCCCCGGGUACACAAACACAAACCCAGCGACCGCCCAUCUCGACAACAACAUCGACGCCUGCGUUUGGCGGGCUAGGCGCCAUGAACAGUAUGAGUGGCAUGAAUAGCCUUAGCAGCCUGGCUGCGAUUGGGUCAAAUCCCGCGUCCGGCACGGGGAUGGGGAUGGGGAUGGGAAUGGGAAUGGCGGCGAUGAAGCCCAUGAGCACGAGCACGAGCGUGGGUAAUGGUACGAGUAUGAAUAGCAUGAUGGGCAUGGGGGGGAUGGGCCAGCAGCUGGGGCAGGGCCAGAGCCAAAACCAGAAGACAGGGUUGGAUAAGUAUGAGAGUCUCUUAUAG